UAUCUACCCAGCAGACCACAUCUGGAUUAUGUGCGUAAAACAUCUCUGGAGUGUUUAAAAACAAAAGUGAGAAGCCAUCAUCGUCACUUUUCGGAGAAGGGGGAAUGCGGAGUGGAAACGGCGUCUAGGAGGAUGCUGCUGCCUGCACAAUGGAAGUGAAGAACUCUUUUGCUGUGGUUGCGGUGGUUUGUCUCUGCUUUUGCUCCACUUUCAGCCAAGAACUCAAUCCCAAAGGCAGGAAUGUAUGCAAAGCACCUGGAUCACCAGGAUUUGUGUGCUGUAGCGGAUGGGGGCAGCUAGGGGAUGAGUGCCUGACACCUCUCUGCGAAGGCAACUUCACCUGCAAGGAAAAUGAGGUGUGUGUCAGGCCGAAUGAAUGUCGAUGUCGCCAUGGAUACUUUGGAGCAAGCUGUGACACAAAGUGCCCGGCCCAGUUCUGGGGCCCCGACUGCAAGGGGAAAUGUAACUGUUACCCCAACGGCCAGUGCGACGACUUGACCGGCGAGUGCACCUGCAACCACAAUCGUUGGGGACCAAACUGCGAGUAUCCUUGCAUGUGCCAAAAGGGCAAGUGUGACCAAGAGACGGGCAAAUGCACAUGUCACCCCGGCAUCUGGGGGCCCCUGUGCAACAACAACUGCUACUGCAGCAUCAACUCCAUCUGCAACGCCAAGACGGGGCGCUGCAUGUGCAAUCCUGGUUGGACGGGGAGGAACUGUGCGAUCCAGUGUAACUGCAACAAUUCACCAUGCGACCAGUUCACGGGGCGCUGCCAGUGCCGGGAGGGUCUGUGGGGCCCACGGUGUGAACGUUACUGCCAGUGCAUCCACGGCAAGUGCAACCAGGGGGACGGCUCGUGUACCUGCACGCCAGGGUACCGUGGGAAGUUCUGUAGGGAACCGUGUCCGGCCGGGUUCUACGGACAAAACUGCAGGAACAGGUGUGGGCACUGUAAGGGCCAGCAGCCCUGUAAGGUGACGGAGGGACGCUGCAUCACCUGUGACAGGGGCUGGAACGGGACACGGUGUGACCAGCUCUGCUCCAAGGGCUUCUUUGGAGAAAAUUGCCAAGACGUGUGUCCGGUCUGUAAAGACGGUCACCACUGCGACCCCAUUCAUGGCAAGUGCUCUCACUGUAACCCUGGAUGGAUUGGGGACAGAUGCGAGGUGCGCUGCCCCAACGGCACGUAUGGCGAGAACUGCGAGAACAACUGCAGUCACUGUUUUAACGGCAUCUGCCAUGUUGUCACCGGAGAGUGCUUGUGUGACCCGGGAUUUUAUGGCACCUACUGCAAUAUGACCUGUCAACCCGGCCAGUAUGGAGUGAACUGCAACCAAACCUGCUCUUGCAAUGACAAGAACUGCGAUCCUGUGUCUGGUGCUUGCUAUCUCCAGCCCAACCAGCGGAUGGGUGUGAUCGCGGCUGGAACCCUGGUCUCCUUUUUACUGAUUGUCCUCCUGUCGCUGCUGUGCUGCUGCUGCCUGUGUCGACACAAAGACGACCACAACAAAAAAGCCAAGCGGAUCCUGUGUGGACGAUUCAGCCGAAUCAGCACUAAACUCCCCCGUAUUCCACUGAGGCGACAGAAACUGCCCAAAGUAGUCGUAGCCCACCACGACCCAGAGAACACCUUCAACUGCAGCUUCAUCGAGCCCCCCUCGGUGGCUGAGCAGCCCUCCCCCUCCUCCUGGUCGUCCCAAGAGUCUUUCUCUUCCUUUGAGAGCAGAGACGAGGGGCCAGUUUACUGUUUGCCCCACGAAGAGUCUUUGAAUGAAAGCAAAGAGAAGGGCAGCCCCAGCCUAGCAACAGAGAAGCCAGAAGCUGUCCCUGAUGAGGAUGAUGCAGGGGAGUACACCUCCCUGAAGGACACCAGUGUCGCAAAACCAGAAGGUAGCGAGCAGCCCCUCCUCAAGUCCUCGGACAGCGAAGGCUCCACCAGUGGCUCUGAAUCCACCAAUCUCUACGCUCGCAUCGCUCGCCUCUCCAAGCAGUCCAAGGAAGACGAUGGCAGCGGCAAGGAUGGGGAUGGCACUCCUACACCAGAGGCAAAGCGCAACGGAAGGCCACCACCUUCACCUGGCAAGCCCAAACCACGUCCACCAGACCCGUCCACUAAGCCCAAAGUAUCGUGGAUACACGGCAAUACUCCUCAGCCAGGGUCUCCCCAACCAGAGCAACAGGGGCAUGGGGGAUCGAAGGCCCUUUCUGUCCCAAAGGAGAAAAAGAGGAGCUCCAGCGAUGGCUCAGCCAAUAGCGUGGAGCGGCAGAAAAUGAAGGAGAGGAGUCAUGAGCAGCAGAAGAAACAAGAGGGGAAGGAGGCAGACGUCAACGGCUCUCCCAGCAAACACAAACCUCUGCGAGGUAAGAAGUCUGGGGAAGAGCACAGCAGUCCCAGUCACAUGGAGCACAUCAAUGGUGUGGUUCAGAAUGCCCUCAAGAAGAUAAGCGGCUUCCACAGCUCCUCGUCUGAGAAGAAGAGUGCUGAAAGUCCAAAGGAGACCCCCAAGGAGCCACCCAAGAGCCCCAAGGUUCACCACCCUCAUAUGAACUCUGAGGCUGCCACACUCCUGGCUGCUCAGCUCAAGGAGAAAACCCAAAGCAUCAACAGGAACGAGGGGACAGGCCUGACGAAGACCAACGGUCUCUCCACACCCAAGGGACACAGGGAGAAGCCAACACCUCCACAGAAAGCCAAGAGGACCCCCUCCAGUGGAUUGAGCCAGCAGGGCUCCAACAAGCCCCUGCUGCCCACCUCGAGCAGCCUCCAGAAGAUGGUGACACCCGUCGCCACUGACCUCGGGACCCCUGAAGCUAAGAGCCCGGAGAAGCAGGACUUGAACGGCUCAAGGGCAGGGGACCCGGUGUUUGAUACUACACCAAAGAAGACUCCCAUGAAAAAGCCACCCAGGAAGAAAGGCAAGGAGGGUACUUUGGAUACAUCGGAAAGUAAAACACCCCAGCAAAAGACAGCCAUUAUGCCACCACAGGUAGUGAAAUAAAUGUUCUCAAAGACUAAUUUUGUGAUGGAUACCAAAGAGAGUAAAAUGGAUUUGUUGGAAGGUGAACCUCAUAGUUUUUCAAUCAAGGAAUUUAAACAUUGUGUGCUGCGACCCCAGGACCGGGCAAGAGCGAGAAAUGCUUCUAAAUCAAGGGUGCAGUUGAGUCGUAUUGGUGAGUUGUAUUAUAAUGACCUCUAUACACCAUUGUAUUUCAUUUCAAAAAUCCCUUAUUGUGUAACGACUAUGUAUCAAGCUCACACCACAACCUGUGGCUAAGCCGGACACAACUGUGAGAACAGUGGUGCACAGACAUAAUCCAUAGUUCAUUCAUCUCUAUCACCCUGCAGUCAUGUCCACCACUAUAUUUAUAUAUGGAUUGCUUUUGGCGUUGCAUAACUGUAAUUUGCUAAGGUGUCGGGAAAAAUAGCUAUUUUUUAUGCACGCUCUCCAAAGGCACUAAGGGUACUAUUAAUAACAAGGAAAUUAGAUCCUCUGGGUAUUGCAAGCUAUUUUGUUUUGUUUUUUGUUUUGUUUGUGGUCCAACAUGCAUGAAUACAGUUCUAUACCUUAAGCUACCCUCCUCAUUGUUUAUGUCAAGACUAUUCUUUGCAGAUGAAGGUCAACUUAAUUAUUGUCAACUAAGAGCAAGCUUUUUGUUAGAGAAAUUCUUAGGCAAGAAAGGGCCUUUUUAUUUUCCUCCUCUAUUUUUCUACCUUAGCAAGUUACAGGUUGAUAUACAACAUUAUAAGGAAUGCUUUUCUGUAAUAAACAAAAUCUUGAACCACAAAGUACACAAGUUAAUCUACAUUUAGGACUUAAGUGUCCUAUGAAUCACCUUGAAUUCCUCAAUGAGCUUUAGCGUUGGUCUCAAGGCUCUUACCUCCAGAAAAAUUACUUUUUUUUUAUUUAGCCCUCUUUUAUCAAACUCUCUUAGACAUGGCUUUUCAGAGCACAUACAAGAUCUUUGAUCUCUCUGCAAAAAGGGCUGUUCUAAACCUCUUUCAUACUUCGGCUAACACCAAAUCACCCAAAUGUGCUCUUACUGUACAUUUUAUUCAGUCAGCUAAACCACUAAACCAAAAAUGAAAUCCCAAGCUAUUCUAUGUCCUUACUUUAUGUCAUGCUUGUAAAUCACUUUAAACUCGCUCACAUUCUCUGUAAUACAGCAAAAUCUGCAGUUUCUCUAUGCUGUUUUUAAGAAAAACAUACUGCAUACCCCAACAUAUCAAAUGCAAUAGAUAGUUUCGUUGAAAUAAUUACUUUUAGUAGUAUUUAUCUUAGGGCUAAUUCAAUCUGACCACAGAAGGAGACUGCCAUGUGUCUUUAUCUGCUCUUUUAGUUCUGUCGAGAAACUAGGUCAAUAUCGCCAACUAUUCCCAUUUCAUAUGUAUUGGUUUAUCCCAUCGGGUGUUUUGUAAACACCCGAUGUCCCUUAAGGAUCGUAUUAUUUUAAACUAGUAUACUCAUGCUGAAGUAACAGGUUGCUCAAUUUCAUAUUUUUUAGGGUGAGACUGUAAGGCUAAAUGGUACCGUGCCUCCAGUUUUAAAAUGUGCCUCAACUGUGGAUCAGUUUAAGCAAAAUAUGCCUUGUUUUCCUAAAUGUUGUUGAUCCUAAAAUGAGUAAACCAAAAAGGGUAGCGGGGUGGGAUACUUAAACUGGAGGAAAAAAAGCUUUUUAUUUUAGUUGUUGGUGGAUAGCUAUUUUGAAAGUAGCAUUCAAAACAUGAGCUAUGAACUAUGGAUGAUCGGUAUGUAUGUUAACAUGCCAUGGGUAUGUUUUGGGCUGGAGAAUAUAUUACAUAAACACAGCUAAUUUGAAAAAUUGUCUUGGUUCUAUGUGUUUUUUAUCAAGGUACAACUCAUUUUGGUUAUUUUUUCAACUUGUAUACAUUGUGUACUUUUUAUUAUCUUUGUAAGCUGUGCUUAUAUGACCUUUUUAGUUCUUCUGUUUUUCUUGGUUUCAAUGAACUGGCUUUCAUGUUGUUUUUGCUUUUUUUUAUAUGUUGCUUAUUUUGAGCUCUGAAGCAAACAUACAGUAUGAGUACUUUCCAUCUUGUAAAGUUUACAUUGGCUUUGUAAUUGUUCUCUGUUGAUGUUAUUGUUUGUGUAACACUUAACUGCAUGACGCAGAGUGUAAUUAUAUGGCAUUAAUAGCUGCACCGGAAAUCUAUAACCUUCUUGUUCCCUCCAGUUGUUAUUUUUGCCUCCCAUAAAACAAAGAUACAACUCAUACAAAAAGGAUUGUACAAUACUGCUAUGAUACCACUGUUGAAACAAUUGCAUAUACUCAAACCAUAACAUUGUGUAAUUAUGAAGUGCCAAUUUUUUAUCUGACUGGCCCAUGCCUGUUUUUUAUAGGCGUACAGUGCAUAUUUGUAAAGAAGGGCCUGAAAAGCUGCAAAAACGUUACCAACUGUAAGGUAUAUUUUGCUUUUUGUGGUUUGUUUUUGGCAACUUUGAUUUCCAUUUUGUGUAUGGUCAUUCAAUUUGUGUUUCAUUUACUUCUUUGGAAUAAAAAAGCAAUACAUGUAGCUCUAGU